AUGCCGAGUAAGCGGAAGCGAGAUAUCCUCGAUUUUGAUCCGAACAAGUCGGACUCCGAGGACGAGAACUUUGUUCCAGGCGACGACGGCGAGCGUCCGCGCCGCACCAAGAAGAAACAGAAGGCACAGAAAGGGCAACGCACCCCCAACCGACGUCGACAGAACCGCUACCGAGGCUCCGAUAUCGACGAAGACGACGAGGAGGUUUCUGACGAUAGCCUCGGCGAAUCCUACGCGUCCGACUCGGACUCGGACGACGACGACGGCGAGCCGGUAACCACGGCCACAGGCCGCCGCGCGCGAAAAGCUGCCGUCAACCACAUCAGCUACAAGGAGAGCAGUGAAGACGAGGACGAGAUCUCCGACUCGGACCGUGACGACAAGAAAAGACACGUCUCUCCGACCAGAAAGGCCCCUGCCCGACCCUCGCGCAUUGUCGUGCUCAAGACCAGCCCUAAGAAACUCCGCGAGCGGCUAAGUGCUGCCACCACUGCACCCAUGACGCGCCGCACGCGAGCCACGACCGAGGAGGCGGACGACUUUGUGGAGCUGACGAACUCGGGGCGCCACGCCCAGCCGUCGCGUGCAUCACGAAGCAAGAGCCCAGAGGCCUAUGCGGCCGGGCGGCAGACGCGUCGUGCAUCCAAGGGUCUGAAGAAGCCGCCUGCACCGCCUAUCGAGGAGGCAACGCAGGAGGACAGCGUCGUGUUCGGCAUGAACGAUGACGAUGAUGACGAAGACGAUGAGCCGCUAGCGGGUCUUGGUAGCAAGAGCGGUGCCGACAAGAACCGCGUGCACAGCCAGUCACCGGAUAAGAUUGUCGGCGACGUUGAUGCUGCAGAGGAAGACGAGCUGGCCCUUGAUGGCGCCGUACAAGAUGAGGAUGCCGUUGGCGACGAUGACUAUGCUGCGCCUGAGGACGCAGACGCAGACAUUGAAAUGAACGAUGACGCUAACGACGAGGAAGCGGAUGAGGACGAAGACGACGUGAAGCCGCGCGGACGACGCGUCACAAGACUUUCUCGCAACUCCUUGGCGGCUGCGGCUGAUAACGGCGAAUUGACAGAAGAUGUGGCUGCCGAUGCAGGCGACGAAGGUGACCAGAACGAGGUUGUUGGUCGGCGCCUGACUCGGGGAUCCCGACUGCGCAAGGCAAAGUCUGUCAAGGAGCAGAGCAGCGACUUUGAACCCAUUGACGAUGACGGAUCCGGUGACGGCGGUAUGUCGGACAGCGACGCGUCAGAGAAGAACAACACGCGCGCUACGACCGGUGACGACGACUCCAGCCAAAACUCAAGAGGACGGCGCAGGUCGACCCGCCUGAAGUCAAGCGGCAAACGGAGCCGUCACGAAUCCGACGACGAGGACGCCGUGGAUCGCGACGAGGUCGCCAUGGAGGCCGAAGAGCUCCGCAACAGCUCACGUGCCCGGACCCGCCGCAGACGCCGCUCGCCAUCCAUCGUUUACGAGGAGACAUCCCGCCGGCGCACGACCAAAGUUGUCGACUAUAGUAUCAAGCCGCUUGACCAGUUUCUCGUCGAGCAGGAAGAGGAGGAGGAGCCCGUCCAGACCCCGGCGCGGCGUCGCAAUGCUCGAGGCGGCGCCAAUGCAUCGUUGUGGCAACGGAAUCUCAUGUCUACCUUUGGUCCCUUUGGUGGCGGCGGUGGCGAAGGUGCUCUCAUCGGCGGACCCUGGGGCACGGGUGCUGCUGGUGGUGUUGAUUCGGACAGCAGCGACGACGAGAUGAACUUCCGCACGGCCAACCCUGGUGGCGCUGUUGGCGGUGCUGUUGGCAUGACGCCCACAACUGGCACAGCACCCGCUGGCUUCGCUGCUCCGCUCAACCUUGAGGCAAUCACGGGCGUUGCGGCAAAUGCCGGGGUUGGCAAGGUUAAGAACCAAAAAGCGCUUGCCGACGCUGACCCUCUUGGCGUGGACCUCAAUGUCGACUUCAGCAAAGUCGGUGGUCUGCAGAACCACAUCAACCAGCUCAAGGAGAUGGUCACGCUGCCCCUUCUUUACCCGGAGCUGUUCCUGCGCUUCAAAGUGACGCCGCCGCGUGGUGUUCUGUUCCACGGUCCUCCUGGCACUGGUAAAACACUGCUUGCCCGCGCUCUGGCCAACUCCGUCGGUGUUGGCGGUCGCAAGAUCACGUUCUACAUGCGCAAGGGUGCCGAUGCACUGAGCAAAUGGGUGGGUGAAGCUGAAAAACAGCUGCGUCUCUUGUUCGAGGAAGCGCGCCGGACACAGCCUAGCAUCAUCUUCUUUGAUGAAAUCGACGGUCUCGCGCCUGUUCGCUCAAGCAAACAGGAGCAGAUCCACGCUUCGAUCGUAUCGACCCUGCUUGCCCUGAUGGACGGCAUGGACGGCCGUGGCCAGGUCAUUGUCAUCGGCGCGACCAACCGACCCGACAACAUCGACCCGGCUCUGCGUCGUCCUGGCCGUUUCGACCGCGAAUUCUAUUUCCCGCUGCCCGACCUCGACGGCCGUCGCUCCAUCAUCGACAUCCACACCAAGGACUGGGGCCUGCAGGACAACUUCAAGCGGAUGCUGGCGGAGAACACCAAGGGCUACGGCGGUGCCGAUCUGCGCGCUCUGUGCACCGAGGCUGCGCUCAACGCCAUCCAGCGUACUUACCCCCAGAUUUACUCGGCACCGGACAAGCUGAUUGUCGACCCAGCGAAGAUCAACAUCCACGCGACCGACUUCAUGCUCUCCAUGAACCGCAUGAUUCCCUCGUCGGAGCGGUCGGCGGCCCCUGCUUGGGCCCCGCUCCCCAAGGCGGUUGCACCGCUCCUGUCGGACCAGCUCGACAAGAUCAAGAAACUGCUCGACGACGUCAUGCCGCGCCGCAAGAAGACGACCGCGCUGGAAGAGGCCAUGUACGAGCCGUUCCAGGAUGCCGACCACGGCUUUGGCCGCGAGAAUAUGAUCCAAGAGUUUGAGCGGUCACGGACCUUCCGACCUCGGCUGCUGCUCACAGGCACGGGUGGCAUGGGCCAGGGCUACCUCGCCGCUGCCAUCCUGCACCAUUUCGAGGGCGUGCACAUCCAAAGCUUCGAUCUGCCGAUUCUUCUUGGUGAUGGACGGCCCCUUGAGCAAGUUAUUGUCGGCCUGUUUGUGGAGGUCAAGCGCCACAAGCCAGCCGUGCUCUACAUCCCCAAUGUCGAUUCCUGGUACCACAGCCUGCCGGCCUCGGCCUACAUGACUUUUGCGACGAUGCUCAAGACCAUUCCGCCCAACGACCCCAUCCUGGUGCUGGGUACGUGCGAGUGCGAGCGUGAUGAGAUCCCCGAGUCUGUUCUGCGUGACUUCUUCAGCUACUCGUCCAAGAACCGCUUUGCCCUCGAGAAACCAAGCCGGGUAAACCGCCGCACGUACUUCUUCAACUUCUUAAAGCACGCGACCAAGAAUCCCAAUGAUUUCCCCGACCCGGCGAACCGCAAGAAGCGCGUUCUGGAGGAGCUGCCUGUCGCGCCACCACCGCCACCCAAGGUCAAGACGAAGGAGGAACUCAAGGAAGAACUGCGCAAGGAUCACCUCCUGCUGAAUUUGCUCAAGGUCCAGCUGCAGCCCAUCAUGGACCAAAUCAAAAAAUACAAGAAGUUCCGCCAACCGGUCAUUGCCGAUACGCAGAUCCAGUACCUCUGGCAAGACGCCGACCCCAACUACGUGCAGCCGGACAUCCCGACCGACGAGCCGCGGCCCUUUGUCAUCUCGCUCGACAGAGACGGCGUCCGCGGUCUGCUUGAGAAGGCCACGAACAAGUUCUACUACAAUCUGGAUCUGUCGACCAUUGAGGAGCGUCUUUCCAACGGGUUCUACGCCCGGCCAAAGGACUUUUACCGCGACGUCGUCUCGCUGGCCAAGGAUGCGCGCAACAUUGGCGACAAGGAGCGUCUCCUCAAGGCCAACGAGCUGUCGACCAAUGUGGAGGUUGAUGUUGCUGAAGCGGAGGCGCGUCUGUCUCAAGUGGACUGGGACGGCCUCUACCAACGGCAGUUGAAGCGGGCCAAGGAAGCCGAAGAAAAGGCCUCGAAGAAGAAGGCUGGCCUGGCCAUCUUCGGUGCCGCUGCGAGCAGCCUGGAGGACGAGCCGCUGCCCAUCAUUGGUUCCGACAUUUUCCCUCAUAGCGGAGGCGCCGCCGAGCCGGCUGGAGAGCAGCAGCAGCAGCAGGCACAAGCACGUUUUGAGCUGAAGACCGUCGGCACUUCGACGCCACCGUCUUCGAAUGGCAUCCACCCGCACCUGAGCAAUGGCAACUCGAUCCCGUCUGCGUCCACGUCCAACGGCGAGGAUGUUUUGAUGACCGGCUCUGACUUGCCUGUACCGCCCCAGUGGCCGCGGCCGUCUGCAGUUGCAACGGGUGGAAACACGCAAGUGUCGCAGGUGUCGGCACUGACGGGCAUCCCUGCCGGCAUGUCGCCCUCUGCCAUUGUCAACGAGGCCUCGACAACCAAGACCUCCGACCCUUCGACCGGCCCGCAGAGCACCCAGGCCACAAACGGCGUGCAUACUGGCACCGCCCUGCACGGCAACACCGUCAGCGGUGCGUCAGGCGGUGCCGACGGCGGCGAUGGCUCCCAGAUCCCCGACACGCAGUCUGUUUUUGGGUCGCUGCCGAGCCAGGCCACAUCGAGCAACGAGUGGGUGCACUCGCAGAUGCACGCCAUGGUCAAGGGCGAGUUUGACGGCAGCAAGUCGGGCCAAGGCGGCGGCGGCGGCGGUGGUGCAUCCGACGGACACGGCGGUGGCAGCAGCGGUGGUGCCUUCUCGUCGCCGUCGCAGGCGCAGGCGCCCACGUCGCAGCAGUCGCCAGUGCAGCCCCUCGGCCCGCCGCCCCCUCCGUCCCAGCAGCAGGUGCAGCAGAGCGCCAGCCGGCUCUCGUCACAAGGCUUCCCGAUUAGCGUGCCGGACGCCAACCUGGACCCGCUCCUCGACACGAUUCUCGACCGCACGUCGGGCUGCACGGUGGACCAGCUCGAGCAGAUCAGCCGCGAGAUCAUGGACUACAUUUGGACGUCGCGCCACGAGCGGAACCGGUCUCGCGUCAUCAACAACCUUAGCAAGGUGUUCAACAGCACGAUGGCGGACAUGGAACAGGUGCAGGGAGGUCUGACGUCGUCGUUCAGCCAGGACCAGUAA